AUGCCAGCUCAGCUCAAACAGAGGCUGGUGGUAAUAGGUAUCGGCGGGGCGAGUUGCUCUGGCAAGACGCUCCUUGCUAAACAUAUCCGACGAGCAUUACCUCAAGGUAGCCAUAUCAUCCAUCAAGAUGACUUCUGUCCAGACUGGGACGAUCCCGAGACCUGUAUAAUGUGGCCUGAGUUCCGCUCUAUCCUCAGUCAAGUUCGUCAAUCAGGUCAGCACGGUGCUCAUGCAUCUCAUGAUCAUCUCAACAAGCAGGUGGAAGUGGGGAUCAAAGAAGACAUAUUCACGAAAUGGAAAGACAGAUUACGCCGGUAUAUAGAAGAACAGGAAAGCAAGGGUGUAGAAUUGGUUUGGUACAUCGUAGACGGGUUUGUACUAUUUUGGGAUAAGGCACGUCGAGAGGAGAGACAAGUCUAUGUAUUACAACAUGGCGGGGUAUGGGUGGAUCCCCCAGGAUAUUUCGAUAAGAUCGUAUGGCCAGGAUAUGUGAAAGCUCACAGGGAGGUAUUUGAAGAGGUGGAAAAGGGUGAUCUGAAGAAGGAAUGGGGACCAGAAGGAAGGAGUCUUUUGUUAGUACAACCUGGAGAAGGGGAAGAAGGAAUGACGAUGGCCUUUGAUAAGGCUUGCGAAGCAAUAUUGAAGCAGUGCGAAGAAGGAGCAGGGACAGUCAUAUCUGCAUAA